CGUAAUAUGUGGCCUUUUAUGUCUGACUGCUUCCACCAAGCAUGAUGUGUUCAAGGUUCAUCAUGUUGUACUAUGGAUGGGUACUUCGUUCCUUUCUUGGAUGAGUAACAUUCCAUUGUGGGGAUGUGUACCACGCUUGUUUUGUUUAUCCCUUUCCUUCUUUCCUUUCUUUCCCUCCUUCUCUCCCAAAAAAAAGAAGAUUCUUUUACAAGUUUCUGUUGCAUCACUGUUUUGUUGACCAUGUAAAUAUUGUUUGUUGCUGAAUUAUGUUUCUUUUUCAUACACGUUUUCAUUUUUCCUAGAGCUGGAUUGCCUGAUUGUCUUUAGUACUUUUUUUUCUUAAAAGCAAACCUUCGACAGAUCCGUCAAACACAGGCACAUCGAUGGUCUCCCAGCUCCUUGCAGCUGCAGGCUCCUGCGUGGAUGCCACUCUCAGGGCCUGGGGCUGCCUGGCUUCUGUCCCAGGUCCAUCUUCACCGUUUUUUGGAAGUCAGAUCCCUGAUGUUCCAUUCUCUUGGUUUUUCCCUUCAUUUUGCCAAAUAGCAUCUUCCAGUGGUUUCCUCAGAGUUUGUUUGUUUGUUUUGGCUCUGUGCAUGUUUAAGAACAUUGUUACUCCUCCCUCAAACUUGAUUGGAUAUUUGGGUAUAGAACUCCAAGUUAAUUUUUUCUCAGAAUUUUGAGAGUGGUUGAUAUCCUAUCCAUCAUUUUUCCUGCAACCUUUGUGAUGCCAUCUGAUUCCCUUCCUUUUGUAUGUGACCCGCUCAUUUUCUCUGGAAAUUUUUGGAAUCUCCUUUUUAACCCUUUGUGGUUAGGUUUCCUGGGCCGGCUCGCUGGUUACGCUCGGCAGGCGUGGGCCUUCCAGCCUGGGCACCCGUGCGGCUCCGCCCUGGGGAAGCUCCUCUUAGCUCUGGGGUCCUUGUUCCUCCCUUUGCUCAGUUCUUUCCCAGCUUGUCAGCUGGUGACGAGCCACCAGAGCCCAUCUCAUCCUUCCUCCUGCUGUCUGUUCUAGUUCGCUUCCUUUUGGAAGAGGUAUUGAAGGUUUUACUGUUGUUGUUGUUGUUACUGUUUGAAUUUCAGAUUGAGCUUCUCUUUCUUUGUCCUUCCUUGUAGCAUACCUGUUGGAUGGCCUGCGAGGGGGUAGACCCAUGGGAGCCUGUGUCCUGCCCCUUCACCCCCGGGGCUUGCCACUGUGGCACCUGUCCCCUCUGCAUCAGGAGGAAUGACAGUAGCCCUGCGUCCUGGGGCUGUUGGGAAGCUUAACUAGCUGACAUCAUUUCAACCGUUGAAUUUAAUUACUCUGGAGAUCUUCUUGCAACGGGAGACAAGGGCGGCAGAGUUGUCAUUUUUCAGCGGGAACAAGAGAAUAAAAGCCGCCCUCACUCUAGGGGAGAAUAUAAUGUUUACAGUACCUUUCAAAGUCAUGAACCAGAGUUUGACUAUUUGAAAAGUUUAGAAAUUGAAGAAAAAAUUAAUAAAAUUAGGUGGUUACCACAACAGAAUGCUGCUCAUUUUCUACUUUCUACAAAUGAUAAAACUAUAAAAUUAUGGAAAAUAAGUGAACGGGAUAAAAGAGCAGAAGGCUAUAACUUGAAGGAUGAAGACGGACGCCUUCGAGACCCAUUUAGGGUCACAGCACUGCGGGUCCCAAUAUUGAAGCCCAUGGACCUUAUGGUAGAAGCAAGUCCACGACGAAUUUUUGCAAAUGCUCACACAUAUCAUAUAAAUUCCAUUUCCGUAAAUAGUGAUCAUGAAACAUAUCUUUCUGCAGAUGACCUGAGAAUUAACCUAUGGCAUUUAGAAAUCACAGACAGAAGCUUUAACAUCGUGGACAUUAAGCCCGCGAACAUGGAGGAGCUGACGGAAGUCAUCACGGCGGCGGAGUUCCACCCGCACCAGUGCAACGUGCUCGUCUACAGCAGCAGCAAAGGCACCGUCCGGCUGUGCGACAUGCGCUCCUCGGCGCUGUGCGACAGACACUCCAAGUUUUUUGAAGAACCUGAAGAUCCCAGCAGUAGGUCCUUCUUCUCAGAAAUCAUCUCGUCCAUAUCCGACGUGAAGUUCAGUCACAGCGGCCGGUACAUGAUGACCAGGGACUACCUGUCGGUGAAGGUGUGGGACCUCAACAUGGAGAGCAGGCCGGUCGAGACCCACCAGGUCCACGAGUACCUGCGCAGCAAGCUCUGUUCUCUGUAUGAAAACGACUGCAUCUUCGACAAAUUUGAGUGCUGCUGGAACGGUUCGGAUAGUGCUAUCAUGACUGGGUCCUACAACAACUUCUUCAGAAUGUUCGAUAGAAACGCGCGGAGGGACGUCACGCUGGAAGCAUCGAGAGAGAACAGCAAGCCCCGUGCCAGCCUGAAGCCCCGGAAAGUGUGCACGGGGGGUAAGAGGAAGAAAGACGAGAUCAGUGUGGACAGUCUGGACUUCAACAAGAAGAUCCUCCACACAGCCUGGCACCCGCUGGAGAACAUUAUUGCCGUAGCCGCCACCAAUAACUUGUAUAUAUUCCAGGACAAAAUCAACUAGAGCGCUAACGCCAGGACCAAGUCUCACCUUACAUAGUCAAGCCGGUCGUUUUUCUGUCAGAGAACAGGCAUCAUUGUCCGCUCCAUUAAGAACAGUGACGCUCUUGCUCCUCCCCUUCACGGACGCCAGAGAGGAGCGGCCGCGGCUGGAGUCGCGGCCCGGCUGUGCCCCAGUGCGGCGGGGUGGGCGCCACGGCUCCGACAGGAGCCCCCUCCAAGCAGUGUUGGCGCCACCGCUCCAUAAAGGCCGCUGCUCAAGAUAAAUGUAUUUAUUUAAGUC